AUGCUCCCCACGCGCACCCCAUCCCUCUCCCUCUCCCUCUUUGCGCUCGUCCUCGCCGCGCUCGGGCUCGCGCUCGCACAGACGGCCCUCGGCGCGGUGUUCACGGACCCGGCGCACGUACGCGGCAGGCAGUAUGAUUUCAUCGUCGUCGGAGCGGGCACUGCGGGGAACGUCGUCGCCGCGCGUCUCGCGGAGAACGCGCGCCACAGGGUGUUGGUCAUCGAAGCAGGGCGGAGCAACGAAGGCUUCGACUCCGACCUCAUCACGAUCCCGUUCUUCGGGCCCACCGCGUCGCCUGCGACGACGUUCGACUGGAACUACACGACGACGCCGCAGAGCGCGCUGAACGACCAGCGCAUUGCGUACCCGCGCGGAUACGUCCUUGGGGGCAGCAGUUCUAUCAACUACAUGGUGUACACGCGCUGUGCGUCCGACGACUACGAUCGCUUUGCGAAGAUUGCGGGCGACGACGGGUGGGCGUGGAGCAAGAUCCUGCCAUAUGCUUACAAGAACGAGAAACACGUCCCGCCCAACGACGGGCACGACGAGACCGGGGAGUUCGUCCCCGAUCUGCACGGCUUCCAUGGGCCUCUGCUUACCAGCUUGCCGGGUUUCCUGACCGACAUCGAUGACCGCAUCCUGGCCACCACGCGCGAGCUCAAGGAGUUCCCCUUCAACCCCGACUACAACUCCGGAAACCCGCUCGGAAUAUCGUGGAUGCACUCGACUAUCGGCGGCGCGCUCCGCAGCAGCUCGGCGACGGCGUAUCUCGCGCCGGCGCUGCGGAGGCGCGGGAACCUCGACCUGCUGUACAACGCCCAGGUUACCAGGCUUCUGCGCACAGGUAACAGCGGAGGGCUGCCCGUAUUCCGCGGCGUCGAGUUUGCUAGCAACUCUUCAGCCCCCCGGUUCAACCUCACGGCGUCCAAGGAGGUCGUCUUGAGUGCUGGGGCUGUCGGUACCCCGCAGAUCCUCAUGCUUUCCGGCAUCGGCGACGCUGCCGAGCUGCGCCAGGUGGGGAUCACGCCCGUUGUCGACCUCCCGGAAGUCGGGAAGAACCUCCAGGACCAUCCCCUCGUACCUAUCCAGUGGACGGUGAAUAGCAACAGGACUAUGGACGCGCUGCUGCGCGGGGACCCUGUUGCGCUCGAUGAGGGGAUGGAGCUGUACAAUACGAAUCGGUCUGGCCGUCUCGCGGCGAAUGGUGUGUCGAACCAUAUGUCGUUCUUCCGCCUCCCAAAGAACUCCCCCGUCCUGCGCAAGUACGGCGACCCAUCCCCAGGGCCCCGGUCCCCCCACUACGAGCUCGCCUUCGGAAACGGGUUCUUCACCACUUCGCAGCCGAUUCCGUCGGCGGGGUCGUACCUCUCUAUCAUCAACGUCGUCGUCUCUCCUACUUCUCGUGGGUCGAUCGUCCUGAACUCCUCCGACCCCUUCGCGCACCCCAUCAUCGACCCCAAGCUCCUCACGAGCGACUUCGACAUGGCCACCAUGGUCGAGUCCAUCAAGGCCGCCCAACGACUGACUGGCGCACACGCGUGGGACGGGUACAUCACGGGUGUCUACGCCGACGCCGCCAACACCACGACCGACGCCGGCAUCGUCGAGUACGUCCGCCAGUGGGGAACGACGAUCAAGCACCCGUUCUCCACCGCUGCUGCCAACAAAGACCCCAGGAAGGGCGUCGUCGAUGGGAAGCUCCUCCUGAAGAAGGCGAGGGGCGUGAGGGUUGUGGACGCUUCUGUUUUCCCGUUCAUCCCCGCAGGACAUCCCCAAGCACCUGUUUACAUCGUCGCUGAGAGGGCUGCGGAUGUCAUCAAAGCCGCCUGGCAUUAG